GCAAAGCACACUCUCUUACAUCCCUUCAGCUCGUGGUCAGACCUCUGUCGUGCAGGAUGGCUGAAUCUUACGUGCGACAUAUGGAAAUGUUAGGCUUUGAGAAAAGAUUCUUUCCCAGCCAGCACUAUGUUUACAUGCUCCUGGUUAAAUGGAAUGAUCAAUCUGAAAAGCUGGUGUACAGACGCUAUCCAGAAAUCCAUACAUUUCACAAAGCUUUGAAGGAAAUGUUCCCAAUUGAGGCAGGAGACAUUGACGGAAAUGACAGAAUCAUUCCUUCAUUACCUGCUCCCAAAUGGCUCGACAACCAGAAAACAACAGAGACGAGGCAGGUGACUCUUGCUGAAUACUUUCAUUCCCUUCUCAACUUGCCUCCGAAGAUCUCCCGCUGUCAGCUUGUAUGUGACUUCUUCACAAUGCGGCCUGAAGAUGAAACUCCACCAGCACCGCACCCAUACAAAAGAAACGAGACCUUCAUUAUGUCCACAAACAGAGCACGGAGCAACACCACAUCAGAAAUCACAGGGCCCAUCAUGCUUGAAAGCUACAGAGUGAUUGCAGACUACAGCAAGAGCUCAAAGUAUGAGCUCGCUCUAAAGAUGGGAGACAUGGUGGACAUUGUGGAAAAAAGCCCAAAUGGCUGGUGGUUUUGUCAAUAUGAGUCCAGGAGAGGCUGGGUGCCAGCUUCAUACUUAGAGCCUCUGGAUGGAGCAGAUGAAUCAGAGGAACCAGAGCCUAAUUACACAGGAGAGCUCUACAAAACCACUAAAGGGUAUAAAGCUGUCGAAGAGGAUGAGUUGACUCUCGAGGCAGGAGAGAUGAUCGAGGUCAUCCAUAAACUUCUUGAUGGGUGGUGGGUGGUCAGGAAAGGAGAAGAUACGGGCUUCUACCCAUCCUUGUUCCUGUGCAGGACGGGAGAGAGGAAAGAGGUGGAUGCGGAGAAGGAGGUGGUCAGAAGAGCAACACCACCACCCAGAAGGUCUACCAUACGCAAUGCCCAGAGCAUCCAUCCUAAGGGACGUCAGCGAAUCAGUCAGAACACCUAUCGAAGACAGAGUCGAAGAUUCUUACAGCAGCGAGGAAGACUGAACUCCCCAUCCAGGAAUGGGACACAAUCUCCACUGCAGGAGAGGAAGACAAACAGAGGUGUGCAUUCUCCAUAA